AUGUCUGAGCAAAUGGAGGAUCCUCCCGCCGUCGAGGACGGCGAAGAAGAAGAUGAGGAUGUCGAAGAGUCAGACGCAGAGACAGGAAAUUGCGAACUGUUGCACUCUCCUCCAGCAGACUACACUCCGCUCGCACCUUCGCUUGAUUCCAGCGCAACAUAUCCAUGGUCGAGAUGGGUCGAUAGUCUUCGGCGAAAACGAGGGUACCGCACAGGAACCUACGUCGAUGGAUGGUUUGAUGGGCCUUCAGUUGACAGAGAUGAUAUUGACCUGACGCUUUGCAAUAAAAGACCAUGGGAUCAGGUAUCCGGCGGAACAGCGUCGAUAUUGGGAACGAUGAAAACAGCAAGCAUGAGUGUACCUCCCUCAAGUGCUCCUAGGUCGAGGACGAAUACGAUUACUAGCAACAGUAAUGUGGUCUCGAGACAGUCAAUGGAAAGCACACGGUCUAGUAUCUACGAUGCAAUUACGCAGGCCGGGAAGGUCAUGGCUAUUAGACGUCGGCAUGUUCUUCGUGAGAUAUACAGUUCCGAGGUGCAUUAUGUUGAUGGAUUGCAAACGGUAGUUCAGAUCCUGUCGACCUAUCUCACAAUGAGGCCGGCUAUAUUGCGCGACUUGCAACGACUGUAUGACAUGCACGAUGCCUUCAGGAAGCAAUUGCAAUCGGUCAGCCCGCGCUCAGCUGAAACUUGGCUGGAUGGAACCCCAAUUCGAAAGUCUACCAUUUUGCAGAAGUUCCAAAAUCAGUCGCUCACACGAAAUAUUCGACGGCGAGCAAAUAGUCAGAUGGGCAAAGAGGGAGCGGACCCGUCAGAGGCUUUGUUGGUAGCAAAAGAGGUCGAUAAGCUGACUACAAAGUUCCAUCUAUACGAAGCAUUCAUCAGAUCUUAUGAUGUCCUUUCCGAAGACCUUACCCUCUUACGACAGAACCAUCCGGCCGCAGGAUUCUGGACAGAAGGCAUCGAGGCACUACAGAAAUCGGUACAUUCGACCCAAAAGAGGAAAGAGAAUUAUAGAAAGGCUAUGACAUUAGAUGAUCUGAUUGCUAAGGCAACCAUGACUGACUCUGAACAGCCGGUGCAACGUGUUUGCAAAUAUCAAUUGCUUUUGACCGAACUGCUGAGAACCGUCCCGGAGACUACCUAUCCCUUGACGCACUCAGAGAUUAAAAAAGUUUUGGAUAGAAACUCGCAGGCCGUCGAUCGUAUCAAUACUGUUGUUGGAGACCCUAAUCUGCGGAUUCGCAUUCAGAAGACCAUCUCUCUGCACGAGCGUCUGGAUUACGGCGACCAGAAUGUUCUCGAGAACGUUUACCAAGAAUUAGGCCCGCUUAUUCUUUGCGGAGUGCUUCAUGUGGCAUAUCAGUCUUCUUCCUCUGGUAUAGCAGGACAGUACUUGGUGUGCAUCCUGUUUCCGGGCUAUAUGGUUCUGGCCAGAGCUAGAAGCGACUCUCGGAAAUUGGUCCUCAUUGCUUCCAUCUACCUAUCAGACAUGACAGUCGACAAUUCGAUGAAUGGACACGGACUUGCUUGCCUUGAUACACCAUUUUCGUGGAAAAUUAUUUUUCAGUAUGGACAGAAACGCUACGAAUUUAUCUUUAGCGCCUCUUCAUCGGCAGAAGAGCGAGGUUGGAAGACGGAAAUUUUGAAAGCAUCCGUCAUGCCGCCGAAUGAAGUGCCAAACAUAUCUUUAGAACCACGACGAUUUUCUUGCGUAUGUAUGCCUUUGGCGCCGUUAGAAGCCGAUGGGCGGUCAUUACUCCUCGAGCGACGCGGCUCUCUUCGAACUUCAUCACCGCGCUCUCCUCUCCGACAUGCACAGAAUCAAGUGAUAAUCAAAAAGACACACAAUCCUAUAUACGAUACCGAGGUUCGACUUCUUCACGAAUCGGAACCGACACGCUCUCGCUCCGAUGCAAAGCAGAAUGUCUCUACACCGACUGUCCUGAUUCCUCUGAGAUCGCAUCGUGUCAAGCUUGAGCGCAGCAUUUCAGGCAUCUACAGUCAAGAGCUUCUGCCGUAUCCAGGAAUGACACUUGGCCGCAGUGACUACAUGAGCCAGACUAUGGUGGGCAAAACUGUAAUGCGUGGAUUGUCUAUACGGGGCGUCUUCCACAGCAGGCGCUCUGCCUCUCUCAGUAAGGCUACAUCAGUCUCUCUUGAUGAUGGCAUCGAACAAGACCGGGAUGAACAAGGUAAGGGGGUGGCGUCGGAGAAAGUUGGUACACACACCACUCUUUGUGACGCGUUAUGCAAAUCGAAGGAUGUUACGGGGGACGAUGUCGUAGCGGCAAAGACAUUUGGCUCUUUUCGACAGAAAAUGACCAAAACCACCUCUGACAAUGGUACCGAUGAAGAGAAUGUGAUCAAGACCAAGAAUAAACCUUGGGUGCCUUGGAAGAGAUGGCUUCCUCCGGCGAUAGUUGGCUGA